UGCAGUGGAAAGUAAUGGAGCCGUGCAUCUCGGCUCCACGAAGCGCGUGCGAAAAAGAAAGCACCCCGGUGUGACAGCUAAAAAACAGCGACACACGCGGAGCAGGUCCACGCACAUACACACGUACUAACGUAAACAAACAUACACACCUGUAAAAACAUGCAGCACGGCGCCUAAACGGCCCAGGAGCUCACCUCGAACGGCAGGCAAGCCAGGCCAUUCUCCGUGAGUACUUUGACAACACCGUCAGGACAGGAGCAGGUUGGUGGACUACGGACUUGGGGGACCAUGGAGCCGGGAGAGAGCUCCCCCUCCCGCUGGGAUCCUCCCAGCCUAGUGACAGUCCCCUUGGACCCACUGUCGUCCUCUCCCCAGAACCCAGAGUCCCCAACCCACCUCCAUAGCACCUUACAGAGCUCCUGCUCUCCGGCAGUGAGGGGGGAGCACACAGACAGUGGGGGCCCGUGGGAUGGAAAUGGGGAGGGCACGGGGGACUCCUCCUCCAGGACAGGAUCAGGAGGGACCGCACAGAGGAGCCCUCGGCCCUCAGCCUUUCCCUCCUCCCUGGCUUGGGACUCCGACUCGGAGAAAGAAACUCUAGAUGAGGAGGAGCUACAGCACUUUUCUAACCCUCACGGUCUGGCAGCUCACAGCCCGGGAUCCCCCGCCUUGGGACACAGGCAAGAAAGUGCUGACAGUGAGGGGGACAAAGCACCUGAGAAACUACAGCACUUAACCCCAGAGAGAGACCCAGCCAGCCCAGGGGAUGGGCAGGACCAUGGCGGGGCCAGCACACAAGCCGACGAGCCAAAGACAGCACAACCCCACUCACCAGACUCUGAAGAGAACGGUGACAGAGAGCUUACAGAGAAAGCGUCUCCUGAGCCAUUGUCGUCGGAGGCUAAACCAAAGGACGGGUGCCGAAGGGAAGAGGGAGGGAGGGAUGGACAGAGGGGGAGGGAGGAGGGGCCGGUUCUGGACGUGUACAGCUUCCCCGGGGACUCGGAUACUGAGAGCCCACCUCCGGCGCCCUGGGCACACUGCACCUUCACCCAGCGGAGGAAGAGGAAGAGGGCCCUGCUCAAGCCCUUCUCCGGCCUGGGCUCCCAGCAGGGCCUGCCGCUGGGCUCCUGGAAGAGGCCCAAGAGCAGCCCCUUAAAGGCCAGGGAAGACACGCUGCGGGCGGUGGGGGGAGGGGUGUUUGAGUUUACCGAGAGGGACGGGAACGACGGCGCGGGAAGGGAGCCGGAACCCCAGGCGGAGAGGGAAAACCCGAGGGAGGAGGACGAGCUCUGUGAGGAGGUGUUCACCUGCGUGGAGUGUAGCAUUUACUUCAACAAGCAGGUGCACCUGCGGGAGCACAUGCAGCAGCACUGGCAGGGCGAGGAGGGGCGCGGGCGGGACGGGGACGGGGCCGGGCGGUUCCAGUGCGCAGAGUGUGGCUGGGAGCUGGAGGACGGGCCGGCUCUGGCCGAGCACCGCCGGCAGCACCAGGACUCGCGGCAGAAGAUCCUGGAGGAGAUCAGCAAGCUGAACGAGGGCGGCAAGGGGGAGCUGGGCGCCGCCGCGGAGACAGCGGAAGCGGUCUCUGCUCCCCCCAGGCUCCGGUGCCCCAAGUGCAAGUUCGGCACGGACUCGUCGCGCGUGUACGUGGAGCACGCCAAGAUGCACAUCAAAGAGCGCAACAGCCAGCGAUCGAGAGGGCAAGGCCCGCAGCCGCUGCUGGGCCCAGCCGGUCUGUACCGCCCCUCUACCUCCACCUCCCCCUCUCCCGCGGCGUCCCCCUCCCCCCUCUCCUGCGACCUCUGCAGCUUCCAGGCCUCCAGCCACUCCGCCCUCCAGGAGCACCUCCUUCUGUCCCACCCCUCGUGGCCCUCCGCCUGGGAGGAAGAGGAGGAGGAGGGCUGCCCGGGGACCAGCCGUGACUUCCUCAACCCCACCCUGCCACCGCUACGCCCCGGGGAGGAGCCCUUCCCCCCGCGGGGCCGAGGGACACCGGGCACGGGCAAGGCCGGCCUACACGUGGGCACGGCCGUCAAGGGGGCCCGGCCCUACCUGCCCCAAACCCGGCUCUCUCCGCCUCCUUCUGUGGCCCCUGGUGCGGGACCCCGUCGGAGGGACGUAGCCUUCAAGAGCAUCGGGAACCGGAGGGCCAGGAGGGGAGGGGAGUGGAGGGAAGCUUUGGUGUUGAGGCCCUCACCGCUACCUUCAGAGACGGGUGGAGCACAGACAAGGGACCAAAACAUGGACCAGGUUCCCCAGAAGGACCAGCAGCUAGAUGCUGAUCUAGACUCAAAGGAAGUGCCUGCCCUCGCCUUGCAGCUGAAGCGCAGUUUCUCAGACGGCCUCCGUGGGGCGUCGGAGAGCCUGGGGCUGACGGCGGGGCAGCAGAUCCAGCUCAGGCACAUGCUGCCCCUCGUCCUCAUUGAGCCCUUCCACUUCAUUCCCCGAGCUCCCUCCCCAGUUCCCGGCUUUGGGGAGAGAGUCAGGGCAGCGGGUAACUUCCGUCCUUUUCUGAAAGAUAACUUGGCCUGUCCUGUGGUAAAGGAGGAUGAUGAAGAGGAAGAAAAUGAUGAGCACAAUGAUGAAGAUGAUGAGGAGAAUCUCUUCCUGUCAGAGGAGGAUGUCGGGGAAGAGGCGGGGAUGCUGAAGAACAUCGAGAGGAAGUGCCCGUAUUGCCCCGACCGUUUCCACAACGGCAUCGGCCUGGCCAAUCACGUGAGGGGACACCUCAAUCGCGUGGGUGUCAGCUACAACGUGCGCCAUUUCAUUUCGCCAGAGGAAGUCAAUGCCAUUGAGAGAAAAUUCUCUUACCAAAAAAAGAGAAAAAAAGGUAAGGAAGUAGCCAAUUUUGACCCUGACACCUUCAGCCUGAUGCGCUGCGAGUUCUGCAGUGCUGGCUUCGACACCAGGGCAGGCCUAUCCAGUCACGCCCGUGCCCACCUCCGCGACUUCGGCAUCACCAACUGGGAGGUGACCGUGUCCCCCAUCAACAUCCUGCGGGAGCUGUUCUCCAGCCGGCCGGACCUUGUGCUUCCCACGGCGCCCCCGCGCAGCCCCCCCGUAGACGCAGACUCUGAGGAUGAGGAGCUGGGGCUCGGCAGGGCUGUGGAUAGCACCUUGUCCUCCCUGGCGUCAACACCACCACCCCCUGUGGCUGAAACUCAAGGUGUGCAGGAGGACAAGAUGCCCACAGUGGAGGGAGUGGCAACAGGCUCUGGGAGGAAGAGUGUGGUUCCUUCUGAUUCUGGGAACAAACGCAUGGACACUGCCAGUCCCAGGGAUGAGCCAGACACCAAGGCCACCGGCUUGCUGCAGUGUGAGGUGUGCGGGGCUCCGUUUGAGACCAGGCGGGGCCUGUCCAGCCACGCCCGUUCGCACCUCCGGCAGCUGGGCAUCGGGGUGUCUGAGAGCAGCGGGGCGCCCAUCGACCUCCUGUACCAGCUCAUCAAAGAGCGGGAAGGGGGCUGCUACUCCGAGCUUCCGCACUCCUCUUCCGCCAAGAAGCCGGCUCAUGGGAGUCCUUCCUCCCGAAAGGACGUCGGGGCCAAACUGGGGGCGGGAGCGAAAGUGGCGGCUGCGGAGAGGAAGCCCUCCCCGCUGUCGGCCCUGGCCUCCUCCGCUAAAGCGGCAGCCUCCUCCAGCCGCCCGUCCUCCCCCGUCGCCCUGGGAAGCUCCCGCUCCGCCUCCCCGCUGCUCCGAAAGGCCCCCAUCUCCUCCCUCCUCCCGGCCUCCUCUCCCCUGCGCUCCCUGGACCCCAAGUCCGGCGGUGGGAAGACCGCCUCGCCCUCCAGUGCCGCUCCUGCUUCUGCCAAGCCUUUCUGGGCCCCGCAGGAGACGGACGCCCCCCUUAACUUAACAAUGGACGUGGAUGCCAGUAAGGACAUCGUGUGCCAGCUCUGCGGCGCCUGGUUCGAGACGCGUAAAGGCCUGUCCAGCCACGCCCGUGCCCACCUGCGCCACUUCGGGGUGGUGGACGCCGAGACCAAGGGCUCUCCCAUCGACUAUCUCAACCAGCUGAUCCACACGGACGACUUCAAGCACAGAGCCAGCUCGCUGCAGCCCGAGGACGCUGGCGCGCUGGACGGCAUGGCUUCCAGGCUGACCCCUCCCUCCGCCAAACGGCCCCUUUCUUCCUCCUCGUCCGGGCUCUACAAGAGCGUCUCGUUGGAAGGAGGCUCGGGGUCAAAGGGCGCCGCGUCUUCUCCGAUGCUGUCUCCCACCAGCAAACGGUACAAGCCCUCCGCUGCCGACAGGGCGGGCCUGCAGGUCUUCCGUUUGAGUGGCGGCGAGUUGACGCCGAUCACUCAUGGUGAGCCGCUGAAGGAGAUUGGCUGUGAGUUCUGCGGGGAGUACUUUGAGAACCGGAAGGGCCUCUCCAGCCACGCCCGCUCCCACCUGCGGCAGCUGGGCAUCACGGAGUGGUCUGUGAACGGCUCGCCCAUCGACACCCUGCGGGAGCUCAUCACCCGCCGGGGGCUUCCCUGCGCCCUCCCCCUGCGGCCCCUCAAAAGCCCGCCCACGUCCCCCCGCUCGCCCCCCUCCUCCCCCACCUCCCCCGGCCUCCUCAAGCGCCUGCCCUUCUCCUCCGGCCAGUCCCACCAGCCCACCGCCCGCAAGAUGGGCAGCGGCAUGCCGCGGCUGCCUGCCAAACCCAAGCCCGAGCCGGUGCAGCUGGAGGUGGCCAUGGCGGGCGAGGGCGGCCUCCGGGGCUACGCGUCCGAGGCCCUUUCCCAAAGCUGGCACGGCUCUGACGGCGUCCUGCCCCUCAACCUGGCCCCCCCUGAACCCGAACCGACCCGGGACAUCCGCUGUGAGUUCUGCGGGGAGUACUUUGAGAACCGGAAGGGCCUCUCCAGCCACGCCCGCUCCCACCUGCGGCAGCUGGGCAUCACGGAGUGGUCUGUGAACGGCUCGCCUAUCGACACCCUGCGGGAGCUCAUGCGCAAGAAGGGAACCCCCCCCGCGGGGCAGGUGAAGAAGGAGCCCGGCCUGGGGGGCAGCCCCACCUGGGAGGAGCUGGGGUACCUGUCCCCCAAAUUCUCCCGCAAGUCCCCGGUCAGCAUGCUGCAUUCGGGCUCCAGGCUGCUGAAGCAGGGCCUGGGCGCCGCGUCUCUCUCCCUGUCCCCGCUCGGAGCCGGGAAGGGGGGCGGCUACCUGGGCUCGUCCCCGCUGGGGAAGAGGCCUCUGUCGGACGAGGGCCAGUCCUCGGACAGGCCGUCGCCCAAAACCUUCUCCCCCCCGCCGCUGGACUUCUCCUUCAAGGGGAAGUCCUCGCCUGAGAAGUAUGGGGCCUCCCACUCAGCCUCGGACGCCAGCUGCGAGCUGUGCGGGUUCUACUUUGAGAACCGCAAGGCCUUGGCCAGCCACGCCCGCGCCCACCUGCGGCAGUUCGGGGUCACAGAGUGGUGUGUGAACGGCUCGCCCAUCGAGACGCUGAGCGCCUGGAUGCGCAGCAAGCCGCACAAGGUGGCGGAGAUGCACCGCCGCUACAUGCAGGGCGACCGGCCCUUCCCCAAGAAGAAGAGUGGCUCCUCUCCGUCCCCCUCGGCUGAUUUGGAGCGCAUCUCCCCCGGGGUGUCCCGGCCCCUCUCCUCCCAGCGGCCCUCUCUGGGGCUGCCCCAGGGCCGGCGGGCGGGGCGCGAGGUGACGGGGGGCACGUGGGGGGCGUCGCGGGAGGGGGGCUUACAACAGAGCCCCGGGGCGUCCCGCCAGCCCGCCCUGCCACACUCACAGGUGGCCCGCAGCGAGCUCAACGUGCGCUCGCCCAGAGGUUUUGAACGUCGGCCUCCGAAGCACUUGUCCCACUCCGAGAGCGGAGAGCGGGAAACGGGGCCCCCCCAGCCCCCUCGCACCGGCACCAUCCCCGCCCUCGUGCCAAAGCCCCCCUCCACCCCCCUGGUGAAGCUGGUGGGCAAAGUGUACUCGCUCAAGUGCAGGUUCUGCGAGGUGGAGUUCCAGGGCCCUCUGUCGGUGCAGGAGGACUGGGUCCGCCACCUGCAGCAGCACAUCCUGGAUCUCAACUUCAACAAGCCUGCCCCUCCCUCUACACCCACCCCCGAGGACACACCUGCCCCUGAGGACAUGCCCACCCCCGUCCCGGGAGUCACGCCCACCCCCACCUCCACCUCCAACCAAACCCCUACGCCUGCGACCACGCCCGCUCCUACCCCUGCCCUUACCCCCACCCCUACCCCCACCCGAUGUGGCGGGGUGAACCGGGUCGGCACAGCUCCUCAGCCACGUCCCAUCAUGGGUCUCAUUUCAAAUGACAUGAAGGAAGCCAUCCUCAUCAAAUCAUCCUUUAUUGAAGUACGUAGCUCGCACGGACAGGCCCCUGCGGUGCUGAGCCCAGCUGCCCGGGCCUCCUGCGAGGCCGCCACCUCCAUCAGCACGCAGCGCAGCGCCAAGCUGAGGGCCCCCGAGACCGCACUGGCGAUCACUCCGGUAGAGUUGGGCUGCGAAGAACUGGAGAUAUACUUGCGACUCAAACCAAAAGCAUGA